AUGUGGGCGCUGGGGGCGCCGGCCCUGCUGCUGCUGCUGCUCCAGGCCGCGGGGGUGCAGGGCCAAGUGUGCCCUGUGGAACAGAAGGUGGAAAGUGUGUCAGAGAACAGCACGGAGGCCUUGAACGUGGUCCUGGCUGUCGUCACGCUGCCCCCGGGCCAGUCUGUACGUGUGUCGAAGGAGUCCGAGGAAUACUUUACCAUCAAGAACGAGAACCAGCUCUUCCUCCAUAAGACUCCGGACUUUGAGGAAACCCAAAUUCUGUUUGCGAGACUGGAGUGCCUGAAUCAGGGCACCACAGACUUGGUCGGCAGUCGUACGGUGCGCCUGUUGAUCAAAGACAUCAACGACAAUGCCCCGACAUUCUCCCAGGAGACCUACACUGAGAGCGUGACCGAGGAGGCCAGAGUGAACACCAUCGUCGUCCCUGCAUCGAAGCUGCAGGCCACGGACAAGGACCAGAGCGAUGUCCUGUUCUAUGAACUCAAGGAAGUGACCCCGGAAGCCAGCAAGUUCUUCUCCCUGGUGAGCCGAACCCAGCCCGGCCUCAGGCUGAGCCAGGCACUGGACUAUGGCAAGCUGGCCCGCAUGACCUUCACGCUGUUGGUCCGGGACACUGAGAAUGAGAACCAAACACCCAGUCACACAGCCAGCGCCACUGUGGUCGUGGACGUGGUGCCUGCAGACCUGCGUCCCCCCUGGUUCCUGCCCUGCGUACACAAUGACUCUCACAUCUGCGUCCAGGCACAGUACAAGGGGAUCGUCCCCAUAGACGUCAACCUGCCAUACAUGCUCAGCUUCAGUCCCGGGCCCAUCUACGCCGUGGACGGCGACUGGGCCAUCAACGAGGAGAUCAUCUACAGCCUGAAGGAAGGCGUGGACAAUGAGAUGUUCAGCAUUAACAGUAGCACAGGCAACCUCACCAUGCACAAGCACGCACCCAACCCCAAGACCUUCCUGUUGCUGGUCACGGCCAGACAGAAGUCCGGUGCCCGGUACUCGGUGACGCAGGUGUCGGUGGAGGUGACCAGCAAGGAGAGCUACGCCUCCUUCCCGCUGAAUCUGUACCACGGCUUCCUGGUGCUCGGCCAAGGGGCGGGCAUUGCCGUCAAGGAUGCUGCAGACCCUUCCCAGCCACUGACCCUUCGGGCCCAGGACACACAUAUCCAGGAGUACAACAGGAACUUUGAGUACAAAAUCACAAACAAUACCAACUUCCGGAUGGAAGGAGAAGCCGUGCUGACCACCUCCUUGCUGGUGGCCCCGGGGACCUACGCCGCAAAGGUGGAGGCCUACAACACGGUCACAAAGUCCAAUGCCACCACCGUGGUGGAGAUUCGAGUCUCUCCGGAGCCCACCUCUGCCCCAGGCACCGAGCAGCCGGGAUCCACAGGCCCCUCGUCCACAGUGCAGAUGGCGGCGCUGGGCGGGGUGCUGGGGGCGCUGCUGCUGCUGGCGCUGGUGGCCCUUGUCGUGCUCGUGUGCAAGCAUUACGGCCACAGGUUCAACUGCUGCUGCUCCCGGACACGGCUGAAGUCCCAGCCGAAGGAGUACGACAACGAGACCUUCGUGGGUGACAGCGAGGCCAACUGGAACGAGGCUAACGCCCCGGUGACGCGCUCUGCCGGCGACGAGGACCCCCCGGCACCCUCAGAGCCUGCGCCCUCAAGGCUUGCACGCUUGGGAACCCCAGAGCACACACCCACAGAGCCCACGGCCUUGGAACCCACAAAGACCGAUCUCUCAGCACUCCAGAAGUCUGCGCCCCCCCCGCCCCCGUCGGCGGCGGCCCCCAGCCCUCCUGUCCUCCGCGCUGCCGACUCUCCGCCCCCUGUGGUGGCCCAGACGCCCCCCGAGGGGAGUAGCCCCCAGGCAGUGAGGUCCAUCCUGACCAAGGAGCGGCGGCCGGAGGGCGGCUACAAGGCCGUGUGGUUCGGGGAGGACAUUGGCGCCGCCGAGGCGGACGUGGUGGUCCUCAACGCGCCCACGACGGGCGUAGACGACGACGAUGACGGCAACGACAGUCACAGUGAAGGCGAUGGUGACCCCGGGGGCGACUUGGGCGAGGAGGACGGGUACGAGAAUGUCGGCAUCUCUGUCGUAGUCUAG